CUGGCCAGCGAUGUCUGCAGCGCCAGCAGAAAUGAAACUGAAGGGGCUUCGUAUUUUUCCCUUGGGCCAUAGUUUUCAGCUCCGUUGUUAUUUUUGUCCGUGGUAGUGUCUUGAAUGUCACCCGUAAUACCUGAGUGUCGGGACAGGGCUGCUCCUCCGACUGAGCGGGGUUGAGAUUGAGAGUGAGAGUGGGCGCAGCUCAGUGAGGCUGAGUAAGUGGGAGGAGGCGGUAGAUUAACAUCCUCAUCGUUUCAAUUCCUCCUUCUGACCAAGUCCGUAUCAAACAUGUUGCAUGAUCAGCUGCGGCUAUGAAUACAUGUUACUCUUUAAUUUUAGCUUUAUAAAAUCCAAAAUGCAGCGUCUGCCGUGUGCGCGGCUUGGCGCUGCUUGAUACAGCAGCGGCAGCAGCGCUGGGCCUGCUUUUUUCUUUCAAUCUGGAAAUUUCUUGACUUCAGCAGGACGGGUCGCUUAACCGAGCUAGCUUAGCUUUUUCGCCGCAUCCCUCCCUCUUCACUGCUGGCCCACCACAGGCUACAACGAUGCGGACUUUAGCAGAGCCUUGAUUACUGGGGGGGGAAACAUUUUUUAUUUUCUGUCGAAAGGAAGGAGCUUAAUAUUUUAUGGACCUGACGGUUAGCUAGUAGCAACUGCUCAGCGCAAAGAAAUGUUCAAUUCGAGGCGGCUGUUGCGGUUGUCGAACCGCUCCUUCUUGGCCUUCAUUUUUUUCUUCUCCAUGUCUACGACCUGUCUGUACUUCAUUUAUGUGGCCCCUGGAAUAGCCAACACAUACUUCUUCAUGGUGCAGGCUCAGGGUAUGAUGUUACGGGACAACGUGCGGACGUUUGGUCAGAUGAUCAGAUCGUACACCAAUAAGAACAGCACGCUCAAUGGCACAGAUUAUCCAGAUGGGAAUAACUCCAGUGAAUAUCUUGUUCAGCCGACUACAUACCUCCCCGAGAACUUCACUUACGCUCAGAAUCUGCCCUGUCCUGAGCGAUUACCUUCUAUGAAGGGUCUUAUGGAAAUAAACAUGACUGAGGUUCCUAUGGAGGAGGUUGAACUGAGCCUUGGACAGCUGGGCAUUCAGUCUGGGGGUCACUGGAGACCUGAAGACUGCAAACCACGCUGGAAGGUGGCAAUUCUUAUCCCCUUUAGGAAUCGUCAUGAACAUCUCCCCAUCCUGUUUCAGCACCUCGCUCCUAUGCUGCAGCGCCAGCGCUUGCAGUUUGCAUUUUAUGUCAUUGAACAGGCAGGUACACAGCCAUUUAACCGCGCCAUGCUGUUUAAUGUGGGCUUCAAGGAGGCAAUGAAAGACCUGGACUGGGACUGUGUGGUGUUCCACGAUGUCGAUCAUAUACCUGAAAAUGACCGAAAUUAUUAUGGUUGUGGGCAGAUGCCUCGGCACUUCGCUACAAAGCUCGACAAGUAUAUGUACAUCCUGCCCUACAAUGAGUUCUUUGGAGGAGUGAGUGGACUUACGGUGGAGCAGUUCCGCAAGAUCAACGGCUUUCCCAAUGCAUUCUGGGGCUGGGGAGGGGAGGACGAUGACCUCUGGAACAGGGUACACUUUGCCGGAUUUAAUGUGACCAGGCCUGAGGGGGAGAUUGGCAAAUACAAAUCAAUUCCACAUCACCACAGAGGAGAAGUGCAGUUUCUUGGAAGGUAUAAGUUGCUAAGGUAUUCUAAAGAAAGGCAGCAUCUGGACGGCCUGAAUAAUCUGCAGUAUUCUCCGGAAAUCUCUUUAAGUAGUCUGUAUAAGAACAUCACUGUUAACCUGAGCCCUGAGCUGGCCCCCAUCACAGAGUACUGACCACUCCACCUCCAUUCACCUGUCUUUCACCUGUCCCUCGAUACCCGAAUAUGAUCCAGCACCCGUGGAGUGGGGAGAGGGGUGCGUGACCACAACAUGAUGUACGUACUGCUGCCAAGUAACCUUAAAACCAAGAGACAAGGGGUUAAAGGCCUGAAUACUCGAACAGUUGAUUGUGAGUGUGUGGUUGUGUGUAUGUUGGGUCAUACCCAUGUUUUUGUAAGCGUGUGCCUGUGCGUGUCCCGCUGCAUGUUUCUGUGUUCAUACUGGCUUUAGCUACUCGAAUCACAUCACGCUACCAAAAAUGGGAAAAGAAAACCAACGAAAAACAAUCGAGGGAGAGAGAAAGGCAGGUAGUGCCAGCGUCAACAAAUCAGAUGUUUACUGCAAAGCCUUAACUGAUUUUCCUAGGCUAUUAUCACUCUGUGUCUCCAUUUCCAUCUGUGCUGACAAUGUAGAAAGCUCAGUUUUACAGUUCAGCAGCAGCCUAGACGCCAAUAGACAUUUUACAGCACGUUUUGUAUCAUACUAUAGUAUUUUAAGACACAGUAUUUUUUUUUCCUUCUGCAGAAAAAAAAUUCUGUGGAUGAUUUGUGUAUGUACUG